AUGGCCGCCAUGACGUCACGUGCAAACCAGCAACCAGGAAGUAAAAAACAUCCUGAAACAUUCAUUCCCCGUGGCAUGGAAGCAAUCCGGACCCGAUUUCAUGUGAAAGAAGAAAUCCAGGAAGUAACCUGCAGAACAGGCGUUAUCUUUGGCGCUAGGGCGAGCUCUCGGUCAAGCGGUCGUCGCUCGCUUCGUGUUUCAAACACAAAUAGGGAGCGCGAACGACGACGCCCGUCAACCGGCGAAAGGCUUUUCCCUGUCUCAUGCGGUCGUCGCUUCGCUUCGUUACUGUUAUAGAGGCGAUUUCAAACCACAAAAAUCGCCUCUUCAAAAACCCAGGUAAGAACCAAUAUCGCCUCUUCAAAGCCCAGGUAAGAACCACAGCGACAACCUAGUGAUGAUUGCCGGAUCUUACGAGAACUUGAAACUCUUAAAAUCUAGACAUCUAAGGUAGGAAAGACAGUUGGCUGAUCGUUGCGGAAAGACGACUGAGUGAAUAAACAAAUGAAUGAAUAAAUAAUGAAUAAAUAAAUAAAUAAAUAAAUAAAUAAAUAAAUAAACAGUGGUUAAGGUGUACUUGCCCGAUACAAGAGAGAAUGAGCCCGAUAUAACAGUUUGUCUACGGGAAUUACAGACCAAUAUUACACUGUCGUCAUAACUCUUGAGGGCUGAUGGGGAAUUUAAGCAACAGACCACACUUUCUAUGGGUUUCCCCGGGUGAUAACCCACGCAGGAUGUUGGGAGAACUCCAGUAAAGCUUGUAAAUCACGAACCAAAAGCGAGUGAUUUACAAGCUUUUCGAGUGUUCUCGCAUCAUCCCAAGUGGGUUAUCACACCGGUAAACCCACAGAAAGUAUGGUCUGUUGCUUUUGUAAAAUAACUUUAAAACAUGUUUCAGUUUUCUACGAGUUUACCGGCACAAUAAACCAUACGUUCUUAACCAAUCCGAACGUGCGUACUAUCUUAGUUAUUUUAUAAAAUGGGGUAAAAAAAUGAGAGAAUUUUUUUGAACGCAGUUUUUUUUCGGUUGGUGGAUUAAAAAGCAUGAUACGAGACAAUAAAAAGGAAAUUGCAAGUUAAGAAGUUGAAUCUUUCUUUGCGGGCAUGCGUGCCUAAACGCGCUGGUUCUGAGGGUCGCGCGUGCGCGCGCACCUUUCGGCGAUAGCGAUUCGAAUUCGCAAUUCUGUGGCGUUCACGUCUUAUUCCUUAGUGCCGGUCAGCAAGGAUAGAAUUACAAUUUGCUUUCGUUGGCAAAUACGACUGAUUGUCGCGAUAUAUGAAGUUAUAUAAGAGAGCUCGAGUCACCAGUUACAACUAGCGAAUUUGUUUGCCUUUUUUUCAACUUAGUUUAAUCUUUGUUUUCAGUUUGCAGCCCUCGUAGAAGCAACACCACUACGUCCUCAGCGGACAUGUGUAUAAGUAAUAUUUUUAUUACUUAAUUAUUUAUUUUUAACAUUUUUCACAGCUUACGAGUGGACUAUACUCUUUCAUUUGCAGUUUAUUUUCAAGAGAGGAUAAUUUCCUUGUUAUUAUGCAAAACGAUUGGACUGCUAUACGAAAUGAAACUUUAGGAACGUGAGAGUUCAAUCAGAAUCGGAACCGGACUCGGUGCAGCUUUUAGAACUUCCGGAGUGGCUGGAAUGUUUGUGUUUUGCAGGUUUCCUCUUUGUCCUUGCUCUUCUGAUACCUUUCAAUUUUGUGACAAUUCCGCGAGAUGAUCUAAAACAAAGAAGGUACAGUACGACGCCUCAUUGGUCUGAGAAUCAGGCCUUCCUUAGGGUUUACUGGAGAGGAGAUUGUACCAUCUUUAGUGGUUGAGGGAGGGCCGUUUUUAGAGGAGCUUAGAGGGGGAGGGUGGAGCGGGAGAGGGAGGAGAAAAAGGAAGGUUAGUUCUCUUCCUUCACUGUAUUUCCCCCCUUCUCGCUUCGCUCCUCUCCUUAUUUCCUCUGAUACCCUCAAACCACUGACGCCCUGAUUUUUCAAAAGGAGAGGGGGAGUAAAUUGAAUGCAAUUUUCAUGUACAUGUCGACCAUAAAGACCAUAGGCUUCCAAACGUAUAGGCCAGGUAUUUUAGUUACCGUUCAUCACCUACGAUGGUAGAUUUGCUAGAAACUGUUUAUUGAUUGUCCGGUUGUCACUCCAGAGGCUUACUUGGUGUCAAUGGAGACAAUGAUCACUCUACUACGAGUGACGCACAUGGAGCUAUUGUCGUCAAUAUCGCCGUCGUCGUCUUUGCUUAAGCUCCCUCUUAUUGCUAUUUAUUGGGCUACCUGUGGCACCCAAUUAUGGAAUUGGCCUUCUCUGUCGAAAAAAAGACAAAAUGGCGGACGUCUCACCCAGAAGGCGCGCGUUUCCUGGCCAACCCUCCCCACUUCAAUGGGGGCCGACUUUUACGAGGAGGGGAAGGGUCACAGAUUUGGUCUGGCGAACAGAUUUGGAACUCGAUUUGGAACUAACACAAAAUUAUCGCACGGAGUUAUUCGCCCUAUAUCUACGCCGAACGAUUAUCUAAAUAAAGUAUUCGAUGAUGUGGUUAGCCUAUGCGGGAGCUGCAGAAACAAUGCCCUCCCACGGUCCGCACGGGAAAAGCUUCAACUUGUUGCAAUUCUCUCCCUGCGUGAGACAAGGCUUUCCUUACAAGAAAGGAAUAUGCGAAUUGUGUAGAUCGCCCCCGUCUAACAUGCCAUGGACUGUUAGAAGGGCUUUAAAUGCAAUAUCCGACAGAAAUAAAACUGAAACUUAAUUUGCUUUCGCGAGUUUUAAGAAACAAAGAAUUCCCGUUAUUUGACAGUAAUUGAUCCUGUCACGUUUUAUAAGCAAGUUAUAAUGUUAUGCUAUAUUUGGGGGCAGAGAGAUUGGGGGAAGAUUCGGGUGUGUUGAGCGUGUCCCUGCAGCUAAAAAUAUUGCCAAUCGUUUCUUGUUUUAAAAUGCUGAUAUAUAUCUCUAUCCCAUUCCAUUAAUUAGGAGUAGCCGAUACACUCAAGCCGGAAAAUCGUGUAAUUAUUAUCUAUACUUCUCAAAAUAUUAAACCAUUGCAUUACGCAGUCGGCAGUCCAAUGAACCGCCACUAUGGAGGUCUUGUUUCCAAUGAAAUGCUAGUCCAUGGCAAAGUUUAUGAUCCUCCUGCCGUAUAG